AAUACAAUGAUACCAAAUAAGCAUGCAUGUAGUCUUUCAAACUGAAAAUACAGAGGCAAAUUCACAAGUAGUAGGUUCCAGGGGGUUAAUAAAGCUUUAUAUUCUCCCUGGGAAAUGCACAGUCUACACUUCCUAAUAUUUGCAGUCACCAUUGGCCGUCACAGAUGACCAUCACUAAUUUAAACGAUAGUGAUAUUGGCCCUUUUUGGCUUGCCAUAACUUGGCGCCUGCUGGUGAAGGCGGCCCUUAUGGCUUGCCAUACCUGACCGCUGUGGGACAGAGUUGCCGGCUGAACAGCUGGAGGAGUUCAUCCUGCAGGAGCUGAUGUUUACUUUCUGCUUGGUCUGGUUUGAAGGGAAAACCAGAUCCCCACGCACACAGACAGCAGGCGGAUGCUGUAAGAUUUCUAUCUCCAGACUUUCCGCGGAGGGAGGAACCUCUGAGGAAGACAUCCGCGUAAAGCUUGACCUACUUUGCAUCGAGGACAAUGCAGGUCGUGUGGUUCAGCUCCUUGCUCUUUUACCUCGGCGGAUUUGCAAACGCAGAGCCGAAAGCAAAGUGUCCGACUCGGUGCGAUGUCAGCAGCUGUCCGAGCCCCAGCUGCCCCAGCGGGUACGUGCCGGACCGCUGCAACUGCUGCCUGGUCUGCGCGGGCGCGGAGGGGGAGCCGUGCGGCCGAAAAGACGACCUGCCGUGCGGGGACGGGCUGGAGUGCAAGCACCCGGCGGGAAAGCGGCUCUCCAAGGGCUUCUGUCAGUGCAAGCUGGGCCACAGAGUCUGCGGCAGCGACGGCAAGACGUACAGUAACGUGUGCCAGCUGAAGGCGACCAGCAGGGCGGCUCUGCAGCAGGGCCAGCCGGGCGUCAGCCAGACCCACAAGGGGCCGUGUGAAAGCAGCGCAGGU